UGGCUAAUUCCUGCACUUUUUAAUUUCUUCAUCUGUUGAAAAUGUCUUUAUCUUCUACUGAAAACACUUUUGUUCUUUGGGUGUGUAAACUCGAGCAUCCUCUACUGGGUGGAAAUUUGCCUCUGCAGUAACACAAACAGACUUUUUGAAAUUACAAACACAUUGGAAAGUAUAGGCCUUUCACAUUAGCACAAAUGUUUGAGCGUUUUAUGCUAUAAAGAAUUACAUGCUUAUUGUUUUUGAAAUCCAAAUGUUUAAAGAUACAAGACUUUUUACGUAGAAAGUAAGAUUUACGCAUUACGGGGCACAAAUAUUUAAUAUUUCCCACAACUAGGUUAGAACCGUUAAUCAUAAUUGGUACUGAUUUGUCGGGGGAGUGUAAAACACAUACUAUUUACUUAGAAUAUAAACGUGUAAUGGUAAGUAUUAGGUAGGAAUCAUAGCUGUCUUCUGUGCCGUUGCAAACCUGUAGCCUAACACAAUAUUUGGCAAAUGAGAGCUAUGCAAUUUAAAAAAAAAAAGUGGAAAAAAUAAAAGUAAAUCUAUUAAAACCUAUACUUUGUCGUACUUUCAGAAUUUCUGUGGAAUGUUUAAUCUUCUGUGUCCAUGAAUGUCUGAUACGUUGGCAAAUAAAGUUCUUUUGAAACAGAGUUCAUGUUACCCAGCUAUUCUCUAAACCAUAUUUAUUUAGAGUCAGAAUGGAGCGAUUUGUGGUAACGGCACCACCUGCUCGAAACCGUUCUAAGACUGCUCUGUAUGUGACGCCCCUGGACCGAGUCACUGAGUUCGGAGGCGAGCUGCAUGAGGAUGGGGGAAAACUCUUCUGCACGUCUUGCAAUGUGGUUCUGAAUCAUGUCCGCAAGUCUGCCAUUAGUGACCACCUCAAGUCAAAGACUCACACCAAGAGGAAGGCAGAAUUUGAAGAGCAGAAUGUGAGAAAGAAGCAGAGGCCCCUGGCUGCAUCCCUUCAGUGCAACAGUACUGCGCAGACAGAGAAAGUCAGUGUUAUCCAGGACUUCGUGAAAAUGUGCCUGGAAGCCAACAUCCCGCUUGAGAAGGCUGAUCACCCAGCAGUCCGUGCUUUCCUAUCUCGCCAUGUGAAGAAUGGAGGCUCCAUACCCAAGUCAGACCAGCUACGGAGAGCAUACCUUCCUGAUGGAUAUGAGAAUGAGAAUCAACUCCUCAACUCACAAGAUUGUUGACUAGGAGGUUACCACCAUUGUGAUCAAGAUAAAUGUGGAGUAUUAAAGUUAUGUGUUGAUUGUGUGGUUCAUUUUUGUAUUUAUUUCAUUUAAAAUCAUGUGACGCAGAAUAGUUUUGCAAUGUGUAUAUAGUUGCAGGCAAAAAAAAAAAAACAAAACACCUCACUGCAAAACUUAUUGUUAAUUUUAGUCACCAAUGGUAUAAAGCAAAACCUAGGUUUAGAGUGUGCUAGGAUACCUGAAACCUGAUGGUUAUCUUUACAAUUAAUGGUUUUUCUCCUGAAAUGUUUGUGCAUGGAAGAACUGCCCUGCUUUUUUACCCUGUUGCCAUGUAUGAUUAUUCCUUGUAAGAUUACUUAAUUACUUGGAUUGAAGACUAGCCUAUUGAAGCUGCUGCCAGGCAACACCACUUAACAGUAACUUAUAGGAAUUAUUUUCUUUAGAGGAUCCUCUUCAAAAAGGAAGGGAUAGUGGAAAACUGUUCUUAUAUCUUCAGAUCCCUAGCAGAAAUGACUGUUUAUUUCAAACUACGUUUUACUUGUAUAUGAUGUAGUUACCUUUACUAUCUUUCAAUUGCAUACUUCCCCUGCCCCCAUUUUAAAGGCUUAUUGUUGUGUUUUGUAGCAGCUUCAAGUGACCAAAAGACUAAAAUCUUUCCAUGUCGAUGCCAAAAGCCAAGGGGAAUUUUGCAGUGACAAGAUUUUAGUCUCUUACUAUGAAUACUAAUUUCAAACCAUAGCUUUCAUUUUAAGCAUCAUCUUGCAUUUGCAAACCUUUUUCUAUGUCUUGCUGUUAAAAGACUUCAAUGUUGGCAUUUUUAUUUAAAUAUGUUAUGGUUGAGUUUUCUCUUUUUUAUAGAGAAUUAGUAAUGAUUUUUUUGGCUGACAGAUCAGAUAAAAUUACUUUCUAUUCAUUUUUCUAUACAACUUUAUGAGUUUAUUUAGGUGAAUAGACUAGAAACAAGUUUACUUUAUCUGCUUUGCCUCCGGUGGUACAAGGUUUUUAACAUGGAUGGUAAACAAUUGUCUAGAAAUUCUGGCAGGUUUUUUGUAGUGGAGAUCUGGCAGUAUCCUGCAUAACUGUUGGGGUGAGGAAAUUGUUCUCUUAAAGAUCAACCAUGUUCAGGAAAUGAUCUCUGUUUGAACCUCACUGUCCUGUAAGGUUAUCCAAGUAGCUUAGCCUAGCUAAGUUCUAUCAGAGACCCAAAUUAUAUUUUUUGAAAAUUUAACAGCUGGAAACUUGGACUAGAGCUUUAAUAAGAAAUCUUAAAUUAUUUGAAAUUCAAGUUAAAAAUACUUAUGAGAUAUAUUUCUAUUACAAAGCAGUGACAAAUGAUGCCCUAUGUGACUUGGAGAUAUCUUUGACUUUUACCACAAAUCUUCAUUUAUAAAAGAAAAAGCCAAAGUGAAAAAAAGUUAGAUUGUGUAUUUUUCAGUAACAGCUUUCCAUAUCUUAAGAUUUUUUUACAGACUUAAGUUUCUAAUUCAGGUUGUCAAACUGGCCAUUUAACUUCAGAGAUUUGCAUUGUUUUCAUUAAAAAAUAAGCCUGCCACCAAAACAAAUCACUUAUCAAAAUGUGAACUGUUUUCCUUAUGUUCAGUUAUGUUAAAGUAGUAUAAUAAAUGCAUGCCUAGAGUAGUGCUCUCAUUGAUGAAGCACGUGUAUGAGGAGACCAGCAGCAAAACAGAACCAUAUGUGUUUUGCAUUUACUUCCUCUAGAAAAGAAUUUGCAGGCAACCAUGUUUAAUUUGAACUAUCCAAGAUGGUAGAUUUUAGAAGCUAGGAAUAAUUGAGUUUUAUAGCACUAUUUUCAGAAUACAAAAAGUUAGAUAUACAAUCAUUCUGUUUUUUGAAAUUCCAUGUGAUUGAAACUGCUCCCUAUUAUUUGGGUAUUCAUUUGCACUAAUGGCAAAAUGUGAUGGCAGAUCAGCUUUGAGAGUGGUCCUAAGCAGUAAACUGGAUGAUGUUACAUUAGAAAAACAUCAAUAAUUCAUAUUUAAGUUUCUAGUAGUUACUACUGAUUUGAUAAUCACUUAAAUUUUAUAUAUCUUAAUGUAUUUUUCAGACUCCUAAUUCCCACAUUCACUGUACCUAGGGGCCUGGUCCAUUCUGUUAGGAUUAUAUCCUCUCCUUAGAAAUGUUUUCCAUCUUGUUGUGGGGAUUUGGUAUUAAUGUUUCUUCAUUGAUUAUGAAACUUUUGUUCCCUGAAACUAAUUGACUUUGUCUAAAGUUAAAGAAAUAAGGCAGAAUGAUUGUUGUAGCCUGCUCAAACUGAUACAAGUCCCUGAAACCAUGAUUGGCAUAUGUUAGAUAACAAAUGAGGAUGUCUAAGAGGCAUAUGCUGCUUUGGAGGUGUAGUGAACGUGUGUACAGAAGUUUUCAAUCUUAACUAUAUAGUGUUAGUGUGAUGCUAUACUAUUGGAAAAAUAGCAACUUUUUUCUAUUUUAUAAGUUGUAUGCAUAAACAUAAGAUUUGUAAUGUUUCAUUUAUAAACUGCCUUCUUCAACACAUGUUAAUAGUGUUUUCUCAAAGUAUUGAUAGUAUGUCUUCCAGAAUUUCACGAUAUGCUUACAGUAAAUAGUUCCUAGCUUGUUGAAAUGUUAAAUUCUUUGUUGGCUUUCUUUUUGAUUCUGUGGGGGUGUAUAACAAGCCUGAAGGACAUUGUAAUCAUUUCUUACAGGGUGAAAAUUUAGAAAGAUUGUGUAUGAGAGCCUAUAUAGUUGUUUUAUCCAUUAUCAUCUUUGAUUAAGACUUAAAAAAAAUGCUAUUUCCAGUUAAUGCAUUUGGCCCUAUUGAAUUUUCAGGGACCAGAAAACAUUAAAGAAAAAGUUCUGCAUCUUGUAAUGGUAACCAAUUAAGCUUGAGAUUGUUCUGAAAGUAUCAGUUGCUUUAAAACUGUUGUAAGUGCAGUUGGCAAGAUCUCCAAGCUGAAACUUCCAUGUUAAAAUUUUGCCUGUAAGAAUUUGCACAUGAAUGUUAAUGGAAAACAAAAUAAAACUUAAGAUAGCCCAAAACAAAAGCCACAAACAGUUCAUCAUUUGGUGCUUAGUCUUUGUAAGGGCUCUCUAUUGUAUGACUUACCCCAGCUACCAUUAAGUGACAAAUCACCUUAAAACAUGUUCAUUUGAUUCAUAACAAGGAAGAUUGGGUCUAUGAUUUUAUUGCAACUCUUAGCCUAAAAUAAAUUGUUUUAGCUUCUGGUCAGCACUGAUUAAAAUGUGAAUAGUGAAGUGGCUAUCCUAAACUGGUUUAUCUCAACCCAUACUAUCAUAGAUUUCUUAGGUAAAUACAAAUCUUAUCUAGUGGUAUUCUACUUGUAUUCAGAAUACUGUAUUAAAAUUUUACUAUUUCAUUUUUGUAUUCCGUGCUUAUUUUUUGCUCACGCAUGUAUGCUUAGUUUAAACGUGUCACUUCUAAAGUUUUGUCUCUUUUAGAAAUAAAUUUCAGAAAAAUUGUUUCAAAA